CUCAGGCGCAAGGAAGGCAUGCAAGUCUCUGUUGCCAUUCGCCGGCUUUGUUCCGGAGGACUGCGUGUGGUUCGCGACUCAAGAUCUUCCGCACUGAAUCCAAGGAGGCGAUCAGGAAAAGUGUGCUGGACAGAUCCUUUGGAGCACAUUUACUGUGUUUGAGAAUGAGGUUCUCUGCUUUUGAACACUCACCCUUCUACGUAAGGCUCUGUGACCUACUCCAUCUUGUCCUCCUGGAAUAAUUCUCACCCUAUUACAGGAAGGUGGGGCAUAUACACGUUCUCUUUCCUGUCAGGUGGUGAAAUAGACUGAAGGGGGUAUUAAUUCUAAGACAUCAUUCCUGAACAUCAGAAUCAUGUUUUACCCCCAAGAGAAUUGCACAUAAGUGUUGCAGAGGAAGUAAAAGAUUUAAAAGGAAAAGAGAAGAGGAAAACGGUCACUGAGAUGCCCCCGGCUGGAGAGGAUGCGGAGAAAGACAGGAAAGUUCAAACAUAAGACAUUUGAAGAUAGCAAGUCGCCCACUGAAGGGAGUGACCAGGAGCGUGAAAACAGUGGUCCUCAGUUCUGUGCCUCCACGACGGGGAAGAGAGGUCAUGGUGAAAGGAGACAGUUUGUGUGCACUGAGUGUGGGAAAGCCUUCAGUCAGAGUGCCAACCUCACUGUGCAUGAGCGAAUCCACACAGGGGAGAAGCCUUAUAAGUGUAAGGAAUGUGGAAAAGCCUUCAGUCACAGUUCCAACCUUGUGGUUCAUCAAAGAAUCCAUACCGGACUUAAGCCGUACACAUGCAGUGACUGUGGGAAGGCAUUCAGCGGGAAGUCACAUCUCAUCCGGCACCAGGAAGUCCACAGUGGGGAGAAAACACACAAAUGUAAAGAGUGUGGGAAAGCCUUCAGCCGGAGCUCAGGACUUAUCUCUCAUCACAGAGUUCAUACUGGCGAGAAGCCCUACACUUGUAUUGAGUGUGGGAAAGCCUUUAGCAGGAGUUCAAACCUCACUCAACAUCAGAGAAUGCACAGAGGGAAAAAGAUUUACAAAUGUAAAGAGUGUGGGAAAACAUGUGGUUCUAAUACAAAGAUUAUGGACCAUCAGAGAAUUCACACUGGGGAGAAGCCCUACGAGUGUGCCGAGUGUGGGAAAGCCUUCAUCUUCAGGAAAGCUCUUAAUGAACACCAGAGACUCCACCGCAGAGAGAAACCUUACAAAUGUAACGAGUGUGGGAAAGCUUUUACUUCUAACCGAAACCUUAUAGAUCAUCAGAGAGUUCACACUGGAGAGAAGCCUUAUAAAUGUAAUGAAUGUGGUAAGACAUUCAGGCAGACAUCUCAGGUUAUUCUACAUUUGAGAACUCAUACUAAAGAGAAACCCUAUAAGUGUAGUGAGUGUGGGAGAGCUUAUCGUUAUAGCUCACAGCUCAUUCUGCAUCAAAGGAAGCACAAUGAAGAGAAAGAAACCUUACUGUUUACCAGCCAGGUGUGAUGGCACAUGCCGUUAAUCCCGGCAUUUAGGAGGCGUUAGUUUUAGGCCAGCCCGGUCUACAUAGCAAGUUCUAGACUAGCCAAGGCCACAA